GAAAACCAUGCGAGCAAGACUACGGCCCUAUGACUAAGAAUAAUUUGACAGCUCAUCUCAAAUGGCUGUUGCAGCAAGGUCAUGCACUCUACCCCUCUCUGGUUUCGUCCGAGCACGAGUAUCAAAACAACACCACUAGUGCCCGGAGCGCUCUCCCACUCUCCCCGGUCACGACAUUGCCUACGUUAACCGCCCAAAUACAUGGCUCAUUCGCAAUUGAUGAUUCGGAGCCUACUCGCGGUAUCCAAGACCAGACCGAUCUCAACAAUGAUGGGGAGAUAGACUCCGAAUCGGAAGAAAUGGCACGCCUGGUACUUACUCCGGGGUCUGGGCGCAAACCGCGGAUGCUCUGCCUCUCCAAGGAUAGCCCCAACCAGACCCCAAAAGCAUCCAAGCAUCGUCUUGCGCCAGAGGCGCCCGCGAAGGAGCCAACUACCGUGACCAAGCCAAUAAAAGCAUCACAAAGUGUUCCUCCUUCCUCAGUCCGCAGCCCCAAGAAGACAUCCGUGACGCCUUUCCGCUCAAAACAAAAACUCGAAGUUCAAUCGCCAUUCUCUGAUUUCGAUGUGGAUACGAUUGAUUUGACUGGAGAUUUCGAUCCAACUGCCUUCUCGUCAAGUACCACUGAUGGCUUCGGCGAACCUCAACAAUUAUGGACGGAAGAAGCUGCAGCUCGGAAGCACUCGCCCGAAAAACGUGGGAAGAAGCGGAAAAGUGAUGAUUAUAUGUCUGAUCUUCUCUCGCCGAGAAAGUCUGCCCCUAAAGCGCGCUCGCCGUUGAAGGUUGCUCGAACUGCUGAACGUCUUCAGCCUGCUCCCUCACCUUCUCAGCGCAAGAGACUGCCACAGUCCACCGUGGAUAAUCACCAGCGCACGCCUUCCCGAAACCUAAGUCAAGUGAUCGCCGACUCAGAUGAAGAUGGUGACGACGAUCUCUUCGAUGACUGGGAAGCUAAGGAUGACAUGGGUUUGAAUCCCGACGAGUCUCUAUACCCAAUAUUGCCAAAGGUUGACGCCCUGGAUACUCAUUCGCCUGAAACUAUUGUUCGCAAGCCAAUGCAAGCUGCGCCCAUAUCUGGGAUGUCAGAGGCCAUUCCUUCAACCUCACGAACUCUUGCUAGCUCACAGCAGCCGUCGCACAUAUCUGCAACCGUGGAUUCAUCGCCAUCUGUUUCUCUUGACAAGGACGUAGCCAGGUUUUUGUCUUCGUCUGCAGCUUCAAUCGAAGGGAUGAUCGCGACAUUCAAAGAUACCCUCACGAAGAAUUCUGAGAUUGUAUAUGAGCGAGCAAUGAAGGGAGAGCCUGCGCCGGAGUUGAUUGUCGAGAACAAAUCUCUUACUGAAAAGAUCGAGGCCAUCGAAAGGCUGAGACAAGAUAGGGCUGCCUACUUCUCAUGCGAUACCAAGAGGCAAGCCCUGAAAAAAACCUUGAUGCAGGCCAUUUCGCUAGGUGGCGAUCCGCAGACGAUGCCGGAACUUGCAGAGAGUCGGCAGUUGACUGCACAAUUAGAGGAAAUUGAAUCCAAUAUGCGGCGUACACUGCAACGGACUGAUAUCUUAUCAUAUCUUGACUCGCUGCACAAUGGCACUUCUAGAAUUGGUCUAGAACAGUCAACGUCAUUCUCGCUUGCACCUCGUGCCACAUCUUCUAAUUUUAGAGACACUGUUCGAUCAAGUAUCACAAAAGGUGUUGAGGAACCGGUUUCAAAGGGCUCACUACGACCGACGACAGGCUAUAAUGACGCACGUUCCGAGAUCUCCACGCGAGUAUCAGACCUAUCGUUCAAAAACCCCAACGCCACCUCCAGUCGCAGAACCUUUGACUAUGACGAUACGAUCAUGUUGUCGGACGAGGAUACGUUCACGAGGACGAUGGGUUCUCCGACUGUCGCCACGGAGAUAAUGGAUGAAUUCGAUCUGGACGACGAAGACAUGCUAGAGGCUGCAGAGUACUUUGAAGAUCCCUCCACGAAUUCGGCAAACCAUCUCGAGCUUCAGAACCGUAAGGUUUUUGCUGAAACCUCAGGGAACACCCCGCGUUUUCCCGCAACGCAGAAGCAACAAAGCCAGAACACUCUGUGGACACAACAUGCAUGGACCAAAGAUGUGAAGGCUGCACUAAGGGAUCGAUUCGGACUCCAGGGAUUCCGUCUUAAUCAACUUGAGGCCAUAGACGCAACGCUUGGUGGCAAAGAUGUAUUUGUGCUAAUGCCCACAGGAGGCGGCAAGUCUUUGUGUUAUCAGCUGCCCUCUGUGGUUUCUAGCGGGAUGACAAGUGGAGUUACCAUCGUGAUAUCACCACUGCUGAGUUUGAUGCAGGACCAAGUCUCCCAUCUCAACAAGCUCAAUAUCAAGGCGUACGUUCUGAAUGGCGAAACAAAGAAAGAAGAGCGCCAGCGGAUUCUAGACAUAUUAUCUGAUUUCAGACCCGAGAAAGAGAUUGAGUUGCUCUACAUCACUCCAGAGAUGGUCAACAAAAGCCAAGCCAUUGUUCGCAGCCUAGAAAGGCUUCGCAACAACCACAAGCUAGCUCGCAUUGUCAUCGACGAGGCUCAUUGUGUCAGUCAAUGGGGGCAUGACUUUCGUCCCGAUUAUAAGGAACUUGGAGAACUCCGAACCCGGCUUCCUGGCGUCCCGAUGAUGGCGUUAACAGCUACGGCGACCGAGAAUGUCAAACUUGACGUUAUCCACAACUUGAGGAUGGAAGGCUGCGAAGUAUUGAUUCAGAGCUUUAACCGACCUAACUUGUCCUAUGAAGUGCGGAAGAAGCAGAAGGGGUCUGAACUCCUAGCCAGCGUCGCUGAUAUCAUAAACAACUCAUACCGCAACAAGUCGGGGAUCGUCUAUUGUCUUUCGCGCAAGACAUGUGAAAGUGUCGCUAGCAAACUUCGCCAGGAGUAUCGAAUCAAAGCUGCGCAUUAUCACGCUGGUAUGAGCUCCGAGGAUCGCGCAGAAAUUCAGCAAGCCUGGCAAGCUGGAAGGACCCACGUCAUAGUCGCAACCAUCGCUUUUGGAAUGGGAAUUGAUAAACCCGAUGUACGCUUCGUGAUCCAUCAUAGCAUUCCAAAGAGCUUGGAAGGCUACUAUCAGGAAACAGGACGCGCCGGUCGAGAUGGUAAGCGUUCUGGUUGCUACUUGUUCUACACCUACAAAGAUACAACAACUUUGUUCCGCAUGAUCGAUAGUAGUGAUGGGAGCAAGGAACAAAAGGACAGACAACGCCUCAUGCUGCGCAUGGUCGUACAGUAUUGCGAGAACCAGACCGAUUGCCGACGAGUGCAAAUACUCGGCUACUUCAACGAGAAGUUCCGCCGACAAGACUGCAAUGCUUCUUGCGACAAUUGCAAAUCCGAUUCUGUUACCGAACUUCAUGAUUUCUCAGACCACGCUGCCUCUGUGGUUAAACUUGUUCGCUACUUUCAAAACCUGGAUGACAAGGUUACCAUGUCAUAUUGCGAGAACAUGUUCCGAGGGACAGUUAAGAAGUUCAGAUCACCUCAGCACCGCAAUGCCCCAGGCUAUGGCGACGGGAAAGGUGUAGCAGUGGGAGAAGUUGAACGAUUGUUCUACACUCUUCUCAGGGAAGGGGCUUUGAGAGAGGACAAUGUGAUCAAUGGUAGCAAAUUUGUGAUCCAGUACAUCAAGCUGGGAUCACGUGCAACUGACUACGAAAGUGGUCGCGUCAAAUUGAAACUUGACGUCCGCGUCUCACCAAGUGGGAAGGGUCGACGGCCCGCACGGUCUUCUCGAACCGAUGGCAGCAAGGACACCGUACCGCAAUCUACGAACGUCUCGUCGCCUGUACAGGCCGCAAAUCAGCGCCGACUCGCGCGUUUCCGAUACCAAGGAACUGGUGAUGACUCUACUGAUGAUGCAGAUAGUGACGGAUUCGAGAAGAUUCGCGUCGCUGGUAGGCCCCGUCCAGACAAAAAACGCACUCCCGGUCCACCUAUCACUCAAGACCGCCGUUUCGAUCAGCUUGAUCCUCUUCACAAGGCGGUAGCUGAGGACUUCAUGGUCUAUGCGAAGAACUACUGCCAAGACUUGGUUCUUCAAAAAGGCCUGCGCAACCAACCGUUUACUGAUACCAUCUUGCGCGAGAUGGUCAUUGUCUUCCCUAAAGACCUUUCGCAACUUGCUGCAAUCCCUGGCAUUGAUCCUGACAAAGUUAUCCGUUACGGUUCUCAACUGCUUAAACUUGUUAGGGACACGCAGCGUCGCUAUGAGGAGUUAAGGAAAGAGCGUGAUGAUGCCGAUGGCGUCGUACCCGAUCCCAACCAUCACAAUGUUAUCUACCUCAACAGCAGUGAGGACGAGGAUGAGUUCAGUGAUGGGGGAUUUCUGGCAGACCACGCGUCUAACUUUGAUAUGAAUGAGAGUGUUGUUUCCAGCAGGUUCUUUUCGUCGCAGCAAGGGCCGCAUGCUACUGAAGAAUCUCGAAACGGUGGCGAAGGGUCAGGCAAAGGCAAUCCGCGAAAACGCCAGACAAGUAAACGUCCACGUCGCUAUAACACAGGAGCAAAAGCGAAACCGAAAACAGCAGGGGCUCGGAGGAAAUCCCAUGACCGUGCUGACAACCGCCCUUCUUCGACCUCAGCCCAAAAACCUUCCAAGCCGAAGUCUGCGACAAGUCGGAUUGGGAUGAUGCCUGUCUGAGAUACCUUUUUGCGUGCAUCUGAGAUAUAGCGAUUAAUGACAUGUUUACGAUAUAUCAGCGUUUGCGACUGUGGUUUCAUUGCGACUAUUGCAUGUAUAGGCGUUACAUUCGGGUGUCUCAUAAGGAUAGUGUGAUAGGCGCACAUGGCGCUUCUAUGUUAUAGGGCUAUAUAGAGCCCGCAUGAUAGUGCCGACGCGGCGGGGAAUGGACAGCUAGAUGAUAUUAUAGCGUGCG